AUGAACAAAUAUAAGCAACAAAAGCAACAAUCAUUACAAGAGACUAAACUUCAACGUUUAGCGGAAUAUAAUCUAAGGCUUCGCAGAGAACUAGAUUUUCCACGAAUACGUGUUAGCGAAGCCAGUGAUAGUUUAAUUCGGUAUUGUCGAAAUACUAGAGAUUUCUUGGUUCCAUCAGUUUGGGGAUCCGUCGAUAGACGUGACGAUCCAUAUGCAUCAGCAAUUGCAUUUUAUGAUAUGUGUUCAGGGAAUGUGCAACCUCCCUUUUUUAAAAAGAUUUUUGUUGAGGUUGCAUCUUUCUGGUAA